UCAAGCUUUUGUGACUGAAGAGGUGAAGUGAUACAGAAUGGCUGUAUAUUAACAGGGAAUAAAAGUUUUAUUUUACAGCUCUGAGGUAAAGUGUUAGAUUUGGUGUCUGUGUGGUCAGACAGAACACAGGGAUCUCACAUGCUGGGAGGUGGAGGAGGAGGAGUGAACUGCUCGUAAAUCAGAGACAACAGCUAAUUAAAACACUUCUGCAUUCUCACUCUGUGACGUCCUUGGUUUAACCACCACUGCCAAACUGCUCCAAGAGGCUCAGGGGCUGCUUGUUUGGUUUUUUUGUUUGUUUUAUUCUAGACAGAACAACACUGCUCGCUGGUUGCCCUCACUGCUGACAUGCUGGAAGAGGAUAAUGAUGAGAUCUGUUGGAAUAACCUGGAGAAUUUCCGUGUGAAGCUGAUCUCAGUGAUUGACCCUUCCCGGAUCACCCCUUACCUGCGCCAGUGCAAAGUGCUCAGCCCUGAUGAUGAGGAGCAGGUCCUCAAUGACCCCAGCCUGGUCAUGCGCAAGCGGAAGGCAGGUGCUCUCCUGGACAUUCUUCAACGAACAGGACACAAGGGCUUUGAGGCGUUUAUGGAGAGCCUUGAGCUUUAUUAUCCCCAGCUGUAUAAGAAAAUAACUGGCAAAGAGCCCAGCAGGGUUUUCUCUAUGAUUAUAGACACAGCUGGUGAGUCUGGCCUGAGCCAGGUGCUGAUGAAUGAGAUCAUGAAGCUGCAGAGCGCGGUGCAGGAGGAGCGGCGCAAGGCGCAGGAGCUCACGGUGUGGCUGCACUCCAAGGAGGACACCCUCAGGGAAAUGUGGGUCAGGGACAGCCUGCUCCGAAAGCACCAGGAGCGGGCCCAGAGGAUGAAGGAGGAGAGGGACAGCCUGAGCAAGGAGCUGCGCAAGUGCAAGGAUGAGAACUACAACCUGGCCCUGAGCUACGCCAAGCAGAGCGAGGAGAAGAGUGCAGCCCUCAUGAAGAACAGGGACCUGCUGCUGGAGAUCGAUCAGCUGAAGCACAGCCUCAUGAAUGCUGAGGAUGACUGCAAGCUGGAGAGGAAGCACACAAUGAAGCUGAAACAUGCCAUAGAGCAGCGCCCCAGCCACGAGGUGGUGUGGGAGAUCCAGCAAGAGAAGGAGCUGCUCUUGGCCAAGAACCAGGAGCUGGAAAACACUCUCCAGGUUGCCAGGGAGCAGAACUUGGAGAAGAGCCUCUCCAAAGAAACUCUGGAGAACGACUGCAGCCAGACUGUGGAAGAAUGCCGGGAGCUGAAGAACACCAUUUACAGCUUGCGCAAGGAGCUGUGCCGAGCCAAGGUGCUCCAAGACAAAUGUGCAGAGGAAAAAGAGGUGCUGGAGCUACAGUGCACAUCUCUGAGGAGGGACUCCCAGAUGUACAAAAAACGGAUUGAAGCUGUUCUGCAGCAGAUGGAGGAAGUGGCUUCAGAGAGAGACCAGGCUCUCCUGACCCGAGAGCAGUUCCACAUGCAGUAUUCCAAGAACCUGGUGGAGAGAGAUGCCUACCGCAAGCAGAUCCGGGAGCUGGGGGAGAGAUGUGAUGAGAUGCAGCUGCAGCUCUUCCAGAAGGAGAGUCAGCUCCUGGCCACUGAGGCCAAGCUGAAAAGGCUGCAGCUGGAGCUGCCCACACUGACCUCUGACCUGGAUGACACCUCCUCCAGAGAUUCCCAGGAACUUGUUCUUCACAGUCACCUGGAUGAAGAUACACAGGCAGCUAAAAAAGAUUGUCUGAAAGUACAAAACCAGGAGCUCAGCCCUCGAGAGAGCCAUCUGCCCCCAAAAUCACCAAGUUUCAAGGAGUGUGGCUGGGCCAACGAGGAACUGGCAGAAAAGGAGAAGAGGAGGAUGAAGGGCUGCUUUGAGCGUUACCGAAGAAAAAGAGCAAUGAGAAGGGCACCCAAAGACCGGCACCGUGAGGUGGAUUGGGACAACACCUCUGGCAGUGACAACACCGACACCGAGGGCUCCUGAGACAGAGACAACACCAAAGUCCCUUGGAAAAGCACAACACCAACACCAAAGGUUCCUCAGGAGCCGAUCUCUGAGGGAAACACCAGCCUCUAUAGGCCGUGCCUCUCAAUUUCACUCACAACGGACUGGUUAGAUUUAAAAACCAUCCAAACAGCCAUUUAUGAGAAGCGCUACAGUGGCGCUAUUGCGUGGCUCUGACGUUCCCUCGGUUAAUAAACAGGUUUAAACUUGA